AUGUAUUGCUCGCGAGGAGCCGCACGUCUUGUACUCAGACAAUCAUCUAAACCAACAUAUAACGCUCCAGCUCCAACUCAACAAUUAUCAUGCAUUCGAAAGAGCUCGUCUGCUACUGCUGCUGCACAAAAAGAAUACAAGAUCAUCCAGGACGUUGGAAACUUUGAAGAAAUUGAAUCCAAACGUCCAAACUUUGACCACGAAAAACCUAUCGAAGUCACAAAGUCACCUUAUCCUAACUGGAAAUACGGCGAUGGGGUCCCAGAUAACGGUGCAAGCCUCGUUCAAAAGCACCAUGAGAUUGAUCCAUAUUCCCCAACUCGCCCAAUGAUCAACAAUUACCGUCUCCUCGUAUCAGGGAUCGCGCCUCGGCCAGUCGGCUUUAUCAGCACCGUGAACGAAAAAGGUCAAAAGAAUCUCUCGCCAUUCAGCUAUUUUCAGGUCAUUGACCAUGAUCCACCGAUGUUUAUUGUUGGUUUCUCAUCUCGACCUGGACGUGUCAAGGAUACAUAUCGAAAUCUGAAAGAAACAGGCGAGUGUGUUAUAAAUACCGUGUCGGAGAAUAUGAUCGAAGCUGUAAACGCUAGCUCUAUCGAUGCGCCUUAUGGUGUUUCGGAAUGGGAUGUGUCGGGUUUGCAUGAGGCCCCUUCCACGACUGUGAAGCCUUCACGGGUUGCUGAGUCGGUGUUUUCUGUGGAGGGUAAGGUUGUUGAUAUCAAGGAGUUUGCUGAUCAUCAGCGACCUGGAAUGAGUAUCGCUGCUACGGUUUUGAUCAAGGCCACGAGAUUUUGGGUUAAGGAGGGCACGACUGAUGAGGAUUAUAGCCAUAUUGAUUUGGAUAAAUUGCGACCUGUUGCUCAGCUUGGUGGUGUUUCCUAUGGUCGUGUUGUGUCUACUUUUGAGAGGCCGCGCAGCAAAUGGGAUGUUGAGGUUCCGAAGAGCGAAUUGUUGACACGGUUAGAUAAGAGCAAGCCAGAUCUUCAAUAG